AGGUGAUUGAGUCUCUGGGCAUCAUGAUCUACAAGGCGUUGGACUACGGUCUGAAGGAGAGCGAGGAGCGGGAGCUGAGCCCACCCCUGGAGCAGCUCAUAGACCUCAUGACCAACAUGGGCGAGGCCGAGAGAGACGCCUGCCCUGAUGAAGGUUACGAGGCCACUGAGGAAGAGGAGGAGGCCGAAGACGACCCCAUCAACAUCUGUAACGUCCGUGUCUACAGGGACAUCCUCAGGGUAGGCAGCUGUUGAUUGGGGGGAGGGUGGUGGUUGAUGAUUAAAAGCCAAAAUGUCACUACAAAAUGGUGGUGAUCAGGAAAGGUUAUGGUACUGGAGCCUGCAGUUGUUGUAUAAGUCUUUCCUCCAGUAGUGAUGAGAGUAUCAUCUAUACUAAAUCCACCCAGCAUGUCCAGUAGUGAUGAGGGAACAGACAUCUAUACUAGAUCCACCCAGUGAGUCCUUAGAUGCCCCAAUGGUGUUUAGAUAACCAUAGUCUUCAGCCUCCCAUCCGACCCGGCCCGAUGAGGUCAGACAUGACAGUGGUGAAGUAAUGAUUCUAGAGCUAGGGCCCAGGGGAUGGAACCAGGUCUCCAUAGAGACUGCUAGCAAGGUUAUCUGAGGCUGUGGACAUCUGAUCUGCCUGGGUGACAGUGUCGCUGUUGUCUCGUCAGCCCUACUGGCCAAUGGCUAGAUGUCUCCUCUAAUAACUGUCAUCCUCUCUACCCUCCUGUCCACCCCUCGUCUCUCUCUCUCUGUCUGAUGUUAACUACGGAGCCUUACUCUGAGGGACUUCCUGCCUGCCUCUCUCUCUCUCUCUUACUGCCUUCUAGAUGUUUCACAAGAUUUCAGAUGUAUGUUCCUGUGUGAUUUGCAAUCAGAGAUCUCCUCCUAUAUCAGCAUGACCCAUGAUAAAUGGGUCAGGGAAUAUUGAGAUUAUGAUGCUACUGGGGAAAGACUCCCUAAUACCUAAUUCUCAAUUUCUGCUCCAGGCUUCCUCCUCUCUACACAGCAGCACCAUUUAUCAGACAGAAAUGUUGUCAAUUCAGGGAAUUUACUUGGUGGGCAAGAUUGCAGAUGAGACAGCCAACCGUUUUCUGUUAGAAUUUGAGGAGCUACAGUGAGGGAAAAAAGUAUUUGAUCCCCUGCUGAUUUUGUACGUUUGCCCACUGACAAAGAAAUGAUGAGUCUAUAAUUUUAAUGGUAGGUUUAUUUGAACAGUGAGAGACAGAAUAACAACAAAAAAAUCCAGAAAAACGCAUGUCAAAAAUGUUAUAAAUUGAUUUGCAUUUUAAUGAGGGAAAUAAGUAUUUGACCCCCUCUCAAUCAGAAAGAUUUCUGGCUCCCAGGUGUCUUUUAUACAGGUAACGAGCUGAGAUUAGGAGCACACUCUUAAAGGGAGUGCUCCUAAUCUCAGCUUGUUACCUGUAUAAAAGACACCUGUCCACAGAAGCAAUCAAUCAAUCAGAUUCCAAACUCUCCACCAUGGCCAAGACCAAAGAGCUCUCCAAGGAUGUCAGGGACAAGAUUGUAGACCUACACAAGGCUGGAAUGGGCUACAAGACCAUCGCCAAGCAGCUUGGUGAGAAGGUGACAACAGUUGGUGCGAUUAUUCACAAAUGGAAGAAACACAAAAGAAACACAAAAUAACCUCGGCCUGGGGCUCCAUGCAAGAUCUCACCUCGUGGAGUUGCAAUGAUCAUGAGAACAGUGAGGAAUCAGCCCAGAACUACACGGGAGGAUCUUGUCAAUGAUCUCAAGGCAGCUGGGACCAUAGUCACCAAGAAAACAAUUGGUAACACACUACGCCGUGAAGGACUGAAAUCCUGCAGCGCCCGCAAGGCCCCCCUGCUCAAGAAAGCACAUAUACAGGCCCGUCUGAAGUUUGCCAAUGAACAUCUGAAUGAUUCAGAGGAGAACUGGGUGAAAGUGUUGUGGUCAGAUGAGACCAUAAUUGAGCUCUUUGGCAUCAACUCAACUCGCCGUGUUUGGAGGAGGAGGAAUGCUGCCUAUGACCCCAAGAACACCAUCCCCACCGUCAAACAUGGAGGUGGAAACAUUAUGUUUUGGGGGUGUUUUUCUGCUAAGGGGACAGGACAACUUCACCGCAUCAAAGGGACGAUGGACGGGGCCAUGUACCGUCAAAUCUUGGGUGAGAACCUCCUUCCCUCAGCCAGGGCAUUGAAAAUGGGUCGUGGAUGGGUAUUCCAGCAUGACAAUGACCCAAAACACACGGCCAAGGCAACAAAGGAGUGGCUCAAGAAGAAGCACAUUAAGGUCCUGGAGUGGCCUAGCCAGUCUCCAGACCUUAAUCCCAUAGAAAAUCUGUGGAGGGAGCUGAAGGUUCGAGUUGCCAAACGUCAGCCUCAAAACCUUAAUGACUUGGAGAAGAUCUGCAAAGAGGAGUGGGACAAAAUCCCUCCUGAGAUGUGUGCAAACCUGGUGGCCAACUACAAGAAACGUCUGACCUCUGUGAUUGCCAACAAGGGUUUUGCCACCAAGUACUAAGUCAUGUUUUGCAGAGGAGUCAAAUACUUAUUUCCCUCAUUAAAAUGCAAAUUAAUUUAUAACAUUUUUGACAUGCGUUUUUCUGGAUUUUUUUGUUGUUAUUCUGACUCUCACUGUUCAAAUAAACCUACCAUUCAAAUUAUAGACUGAUCAUGUCUUUGUCAGUGGGCAAACGUACAAAAUCAGCAGGGGAUCAAAUACAUUUUUCCCUCACUGUAUAUGGGAUGGGAAAUGCAGUGGACUACUGGUGCCAAGAUCAUGCCAAGAGCACCUUCUGUUCAUCUCAGAGAAACAAGGACAUACAGUAUUUUGUAAUCUGCUGUCACAAGGAUAUGUUCUGUCAUCUGCUGAAUGACCAUAUUUACAGUAUCUACAAUGUUUUACUUACAGUACUACUUCUCUCUCCCUGUCUGUCUGUGUGUAGAUGUGUGUGUCCCACCUCCCCAGCCCUGGCGACGCCCCCAGCCACUACCAGGCUGUGUGCCGUGCUCUCUAUGCUGAGACCAGGGAGCUGCGCUCCUUCCUGGAGAAGAUCAAGAGUGCCAAAGAGGUGAGGCUACACAUCAAUGCGUGACCAACUGGGUUCAAACCCCCUGUCUCCUGUGUGCAACAAGACUGUGUUAGUCCACUGAGCUAAAGGCUAGGAAGUAGCUUGGGCAGGUAAAGUCUUCAGGUCUCAGGGAAGGUUAUUCAUCAUGUGAGCAUGGUUCACAAAACCACCUCCAUUUACCAAUGCUCACAACGCACUACACAGUACUUGACUGCAUAGGCCCUCAGCUUGCUUACAUAUUGGUUCUGUUCCAUUGUCCAUACUAGCAUAAUACUUAGCAUGUAUACCCAAUACAUUGCUUAAUCCUAUGUGGUAUGCAAACCAGUGUGGAUAUUUGAACAGCUCAGCUCUGUUUCUGGGGCCUGAUUGACAUCUCAUUCUCAGGCUCCGCUGCACAUAGGACCACUAAAGGGUGAAUCUGAAUGGUCAUUGACAUUCACCACUAGACAACCUUGCACUGUAAAUCAGACAGACACGUAGACCUGGGACAUAUAUUCAGAGGUCAUAUGACUGGAGAGACAUUACUUCAGGAGAUUAAGAAACAUGCCAUUAUCAUGUUUGACACGCUUCAGAGAACUGAUCAACAUGGCACACUACAUACAUGUCCUGUAAUGGAUCCUACUGUAUAUCAGCCUUGAGUCGGGUGUGUGUGUUUUACAGAGGAGAAGGAAUGCAGGUUACUCUGUGUGUGUGUGUGUGUGUUGUGGUAAAAUCAAGCAAUUCGAUAAAAAAAAGAACACACACUACAUUUACAUUUUUACAUUUACGUCAUUUAGCAGACGCUCUUAUCCAGAGCGACUUACUACACAACAUAACCAGUGUGUUGGCAUGGGUACCUGGAUUUACGUUGUACUGUAGUGCUAGAGACACAGCUGUUGUUUGUAAAACAUAUCCACAGCAGGGAGUCAGGAUGAGACUCAGGCAGCAGUGUUGUUAUCUGCCACUGUGCCUCGCACCGAGCCACACGCAUUUAGCAUCUCAUAUUUCAUGACCUCUAACCGUGUCUGCCACAGGUCAUCACAGUGAUGUUUACUGUGGGCUAGAAUGUAAUAGGGAUAGACAAUGGAGCGGACCUGGGACUGAGAGACCGGAACAACAGUGCGUGUGUGUGAGUGUGUGAGUGUGUGUGUGUGUGUGUGUGAGUGUGUGAGUGUGUGUGUGUGUGUGUGUGUGUGUGUGUGUGUGUGUGUGUGUGUGUGUGUGUGUGUGUGUGUGUGUGUGUGUGUGUGUGUGUGUGUGUGUGUGUGUGUGUGUGUGUGUGUGUGUGUGUGUGUGUGUGUGUGUGUGUGUGUGUGUGUGUGUGUGUGUGUGUGUGUGUGUGUGUGUGUGUGUGUGUGUGUGUGUGUGUGUGUGUAGACAUGCUAUCCCACCCCGGCAUAUGACAGGUUAAAGUAAGCCAGUAAGGAGCAUUGAUGGGAGUGAUCUGUCUACCUCAGGGGAAGCUGCCUGGGAGUAGCUGCAGGUUUUGUUGUCAAAUAUUCUGCUUAGUCUUUCACCUGGCUGGGGAGCAGAGUCCACUUCUGUCUGUACAGUUCUAUAGUACGGUAUUAUAGGGCUUAGUUCUGUGGUGGUACAGAUGUAGGAUCUUAAUUUGAUCACCUUGUUGCAGGAGAACUUCUGAAGUUUGUAAUUUCCACUUUGAAAUGUCAGACUUUUUACAUUUUUAUCAACCCCUAUAAAAAUGUCCAUUCAUUAUAAUCCACAUAAUAAUUCACAUUUCCUGUUGCUGCAAGAUUAUUUUCCUGCUGUAGCAAACUGGCUCAAAUUAAGAUCCUAAAUCUGUACAUAGGUAACUCCCACUGGCUCAAAUUAAGAUCCUAAAUCUGUAAAUAGGUAACUCCCUAAUGUUGUAGUGAACAUGUCUGCAUAUCUAAAGGCUUAGUUUAAUGUCCCUAUUAGUCCCACAAUGCACUGCUGUCUGCCACAGGGUCACAUGUGCUAUAUCAAAUCAAAAUCAAAUCAAAAUUUAUUUGUCACAUGCGCCGAAUGCAACAGGUGUAGUAGACCUUACUGUGAAAUGCUUACAUACAAACCCUUAAUCAACAAUGCAGUUUUAAGAAAAUAUUUACUAAAUAAACUAAAGUAAAAAUAAAUAAAUAAAAAGUAACACAAUAAUAACAAUAACAAACCUAUAUACAGGGGGUACGGGUACCAAGUCAAUGUGCAGGAAUACAGGUUAGUUGAGGUAAUUUGUACAUGUAGGAAGGGGUAAAGUGACUAUGCAUAGAUAAUAAACAGCGAGUAGCAGCAGUGUAAAAACAAAGGGGGGGGGGGGUGUCAUUUGAUUAAUUGUUCAGCAGUCUUAUGGUUUGGGAGUAGAAGCUGUUAAGGAGCCUUUUGGACCUAGACUUGCCAUGCGGUAGCAGAGAGAACAGUCUAUGACUUGGGUGACUGGAGGAAUUGGACAGUUAUAUAAUUUGCUGUUACAAAAGAGAGUGGAGAGUCUUAUUAUGAGGAGAGGGUAAGAAGCUUAACUAUGAAGAAGGGGAGGAAGGUGUCAAGCUAUGUGGUUCAGGGGGCUACAGACAGUAGAUCCAGUUUAGUUAGCCUAACUGGUGUAUGCAACCAGAUGUGGAUAGGCCAGGGUGUAGUCUAGUCUACUGUAUGUGGAGGCAGAGACCUAGGGCUAUAGCAGUUGGGAUGGGGUGGGACUAAGGAUCUGCUGAACAGUGCAAUCUCUGUUCAAGAUGCUUGAUUCUUCAAUGUGGGACAAGGUUAUGCUUAUGUGUGUGUGUGUGUGUGUGUGUGUGUGUGUGUGUGUGUGUGUGUGUGUGUGUGUGUGUGUGUGUGUCUCUCUGUCUGUGUGAUACCAGGAGGAGUAAGAUGAGCUUUCGGCCCAGCAUCAUUCCCCUCCCCCACUUGUUCUCCUCUGUCUGGCAGCGAGGCAGAGACAUGUUGUCCCACAGGGGAUCUAGCUAGCUAACUGCAGCUACAGGACAGCAGGCAGAGAGAGACCCUUUCUUUCAUAACAAAGAGCUCUAUAACAGGACAGAAGGACGCUAUUAAAAGCAUAGUUGUAGGUGAAUCACCGAAGCCACUUCUGUUCCUAUUUGCUCAGGGUUAACUACUAUAAAUUACGGAAGGAAAAUUAAAGGCUGGAAUUAAUGACUGCUUCAUUAAGGAUUUGGUAAUUGCCCUAAUUAGUUAUGUGAAUUUUUUUGGGUUUGCUAUAAACAAACACACAUACACCUAGGCUAAUGUUAUUUGAAAUACAUGAGCAUGAUACUACUACUACUACUACUACUACUGCAGUCUGUCAUUAUAACACUGUGUACACAGUUAGCAAACUACUGUUGAAAUGGAAAUGUUUGGCUUUGAUGUGAUUUGGGAUGGUGUUGUGUUGGUCAUACAAAUGAGUGUUAAAUCUAACAUCAUCUCACCCUGAGCUCCUCUGCUCAGAAAUGAUGUCCUUUUUAAAAUGUUUGUCAACAAUCAUGUUGUUAUUCACAAACCAUUGUAAAGGUUUCUGGAUUAUGUUAUUACAUGGACUCCCGAGUGGCGCAGCGGUCAAAGGCACUGCAUCUCAGUGCUAGAGGCGUCACUACAAACCCUGGUUUGAUUCCAGGCUGUAUCACAAUCCGGCCGUGAUUGGGAGUCCCAUAGAGCGGCGCACAAUUGGCCCAGUGUCGUCCGGGUUUGACCGGGGUAGGCCGUCAUUGUAAAUAAGAAUUUGUUCUUAACUGACUUGCCUAGUUAAAUAAAGGUUAAAAAAUAAAAUAAACAUGAAAAGGGAAUAUGGUAGAGAACUGUUAAUGGUAGAGAAGGUAGACACCUUAGAUGUGUGAGUUAUGGCUCUUUAUAUCCAGUGAGAGGAGAGGCCCUAUAGUAAAUCUCCUGUGAGGGGCUGUAGCAGAGAGACUCCCAUGAUUGCUCUAUCAAACAGCGGUGGGAUGCAGGGUGACACCCACUCUCUCACCACACAUAACAGGGAGAGGGGACAGGAGGAGGAGAGAGGAGGAGGAGGCUUUCCAGUCUGCUGCAGAACAGAUCCAUCAGUGCUGUCCUCUAAUGAACUCCUAAAUCAGGAGGAGAAGGGAUGCAGGUUGCUCACUGCUUCAUUGGUUGCAUCCCAAUUCUCUCGAAGUGCAUUUGCUCACAUUUAAAAGCAGUGGAUUGGUGUUAGCAUGGGCUAGCUAAGGGAGUUCCCACACUGUAUUUCAUACAGUCAUCUUGACCAUGGCUAAAAGCUAUCAUCUCUGCUAUGCAUACAUUGGCAGGACCAUGCUAUGUUCCUUAUGGCUACACUGAUGAUUUUCAAUCACUGAUGAAAAUGGACUGGGCAUGUGUGUGGUGGGAAUGUGUUAGCAUACCAUCAUGAUGCUAAUUGAUAGGGACUUGGCAGGUUGUCAGGCUGUGAAGGCUCUCGUUAACUGUAAUUGAUAAUCGAAUAGGUAUUGAUUUGUGGGUAUGACUGAUAGCGGGGCUAGCUGCCUGUCCUAAUGCUGCGGUAGUCAAGGAACUUGAUUAACAUCUAAUUUCAACAUGAAAGGAUGAAAUCUGUAGCUUUGAGGUCAGUUACUUAGUUAAAGGUCCAAUGCCAUGUUUAUCUCAACAUCAAAUCAUUUCUGGGUAACAAUGAAGUACCUUACUGUGAUUGUUUUCAAUAAAAAUGGUCACAAAGAAACAAAAAUAGCUUCUUAGCAAAGAGCAAGAUUUUUGGCUAGGACUGAGUGUGGUCUGAGUGUGGAGGGGAAAACUAAAAACUAGCUGUUAUUGGCAGAGAGGGUUGGAACUCUCUUUCUUAUUGGUCUAUUAACUAAUUUACCACCUGGUGAUGUCACCAGGCAGGCCAAAACUCCAUCACACAAAAACAGACAGAAAUUUCAGGCAUUAAAAAGGGCAUUACAUUAAAAGGGCAUUAUCAUCAUUUUCACAAUUUCACAGUAUUAUUCCGAACUCAUAGUGUGGAAAUAUAUAUAGAACACAGGAAACGUUUUUGACUGCACUGGGCCUUUAAGCUCACAUUAAGCUCUGAGUGCUCAUCUCUUUCUCUCUCUGAUCCCCCUACCUCUCUCUCUCUCUGUCUUUCUCUCUCUCUCUCUUCCUCGCUCUAUAGAAUCUUAUGUUUAUAGAUGUAUAUAGCUUUCUAUAUGUAUCGAUAUUUAUUUGUUAGAGAUCUAUUUAUAUUAGGGCUCUUUGUAUUAUAUAUGUAUAUAUGUAUUUUUAUAUAUUAGAUAUAUAUUAUAUAAUAUAUAUAUAUAUUCUCUCGCUCUUUCUUCUCUCUAUCGCCAGAUCUCUCUCUCUCUCUCUCGCUCUCUCUCUCCUACCGCUCUCUCUCUCUCUCUUCUCUCUCUUUCCCUACCUCUAUCUCGUAUCUCCUGUCUCUCUACCGCUUUCUCAGCCUCUCUCUCUCUCUCUCUCUCUCUACUCUCUCUAUGGUAGAAUCUUCGGAAGAUGGGUGGCGAGCCGUCUGAGGGUCCCAGCAGAGACCUAAAUGAGCUCCAGAAUGCAGACUGGGUAGGUGACCAGCUCCUUAAUAGCCUCACAGCCUAGCCCCUUUUAUCUGGCAACACCCUUCUCUGACACCCUUAUGUGACACCCUUAGGACAGGUUUCCCAGACCCAUAUUAAACCUACUCUUGGACUAGCAUAUUUUGUAGCCCAGGAGUAUCUAGGCUUCAUCUGGGUCUGGGAAAUUGGCCCUAUAAGUGUUAAGUCAUUGGAUGAGUACUGUGUUGCUAUAUGAUUCCUGUCCCCCUGCAUCCCCCAGGCUAAGUUCUGGAUGCAGGUGAUGGGAGACCUGCGUAACGGGGUGAAGCUGAAGAAGGUCCAGGAGCGCCAGUACAACCCUCUGGCCAUCGAGUUUCAGCUCACGCCCUAUGAGAUGCUCAUGGAUGACAUCCGCUCCAAACGCUACAAACUACGCAAGGUCAUGGUAAGACUGUCAGGUGUCUUAAAACCAUGGUUUGUUGUCAUGUUUGAAGCAGUUACUGUAAUUAAGCAGAGAUAUGUAGUUAUGCUGUCUCUUAAUCUCUCUCUGUGUGUGUGUGUGUCUGUGUCUGUGUCUGUGUCUGUGUCUGUGUCUGUGUGUCUGUCCCUUGCACCUCCAGGUAAACAACGACAUCCCACCAAGGUUGAAGAAGAGUGCCCAUGAGGUCAUCCUAGACUUCAUCCGGUCCAGACCUCCUCUCAACCCUGUGAGUGCACAGCCUAUAGAAACAACAGAUAUACUUUACAUCGACUAGCAACCUCUUUGGUGUUGGAAUGGUGGUGGGCUGAACCAUAGAGAUACAACUCUGUUCUAUCUCUAUGGGCACUCUGUUUUGGAACAGAGUACCAUAGAAUGAAAUAAGAAGACAACUAUUAGCUAUGUAUGUAAAGUAUAUCUCUUAUCUAAAUGGGCUGUACAGUCAUAGGGUUUAGAGAGGAGAACAUGGGGCAUUUUCUCUCCUUCUAAUCCUGUUAAUGUACAGUACUGUAUAGUACAUGUACUAUAUACUAUACGAUAGUACAUUCUAUGGUACCUGCCUCACAUUCCUCUCAUUCUGGUGUCUUCUAGUCUUGCCAUGCCAGGCUUCCAAGUCUUGUUCAUCACUGGAACGUGAGGAAGCCUGGGAAUUAAUGCUAGGGGUCUUCCCUUUCCAUUUAAAUCCUCAAGCCACUGAACCCAUCUUUAGUCAAAGAAAGACUUCAUCUUUAUAUCCCAAAAGAAAUACAGGUAGUUCAGGAUUUUGGGUUCUGGGGUAUGAUUAUACUGAUUGGAAUGAGGGGUGAUAGAUAGAUAAUCAGAUCAUCUACUACUGGAGCUGUAUAUCAAUGCUCACUGCCCCAGCCUCAGUGAAGUGCCUGCCUCAGUAAUGAGAGGAGCGGACUGACAGUCAAAAGAGUUACUGUUACAAAGUGACAGUGAUAUUAACGGUACAGUGACAGUGAUAUUAACAGUACAGUGACAGUGAUAUUAACAGUACAGUGACAGUGAUAUUAACAGGACAGUGACAGUGUUAUUAACAGUACAGUGACAGUGAUAUUAACAGUACAGUGACAGUGUUAUUAACAGGACAGUGACAGUGUUAUUAACAGUACAGUGACAGUGUUAUUAACAGUACAGUGACAGUGUUAUUAACAGUACAGUGACAGUGAUAUUAGCAGUACAGUGACAGUGAUAUUAACAGUACAGUGACAGUGAUAUUAACAGUACAGUGACAGUGUUAUUAACAGUACAGUGACAGUAAUAUUAACAGUACAGUGACAGUGUUAUUAACAGUACAGUGACAGUGAUAUUAACAGUACAGUGACAGUGAUAUUAGCAGUACAGUGACAGUGAUAUUAACAGUACAGUGACAGUGAUAUUAACAGUACAGUGACAGUGUUAUUAACAGUACAGUGACAGUGAUAUUAACGGUACAGUGACAGUGUUAUUAACGGUACAGUGACAGUGUUAUUAACGGUACAGUGACAGUGUUAUUAACAGUACAGUGACAGUGUUAUUAACAGUACAGUGACAGUGUUAUUAACAGUACAGUGACAGUGUUAUUAACAGUACAGUGACAGCGAUAUUAACAGUACAGUGACAGUGAUAUUAACAGUACAGAGACAGUGUUAUUAACAGUACAGUGACAGUGAUAUUAACAGUACAGUGACAGUGUUAUUAACAGUACAGUGACAGUGUCGUUAAGGUUUAGGAGGCAGUGGCGAAAGGCCUGAUAUCCAUAACUCUGAUGCCCAUAACUCAGUGUGAGUGCAUGUAUGUAUCUGCACGUGUGUGUGUGCACGUGUGUGUGUGUGCACGUGUGUGUGCGUUCAUGCGUUUGUGUGUGUAGGCAGCAGCCAGGAAGCUGAAGCCCCAGCCCCAGGUUCCUCCCACCCUGCACGAGAGGAUCCUGGAUGAGAUCAAAUCUGAGAGGAAACUGAGACCUGUCUCUCCUGAUGUGAUCCGCAGGAGCAGGCCUGGUGAGAACACCUCCUCUGCUGUCUUUUUUCUCGGGGGGAGAGCGGACGAGAGAGAGAGAGAGAGAGAGAGAGAGAGAGAGAGAGCGGGCGAAGAGCGCGAGAGCGGUAGCGAGAGAGAGAGAGCGAGUAGGAGAGAGGAGAAGGCGAGAGACUCAGUCGGAGCUGUGCGGGAGCUAUUCUUCCGGAUCUCUCGCUAGCUAUCGGCUCCGUCUCUCUCCUCUCUCUCUCUCUCUCUCUACUCUCUCACACCACUCACACAACACACACACACACACACACACACACACACACACACACACAACACUCACACUCAUUGUGAGAAGGUGAAGUAUGUUGUGAUUAUGCACUUUCACGGGUGCUGGGCAUCGGCAUGAAUGAAAAAAUGGUGAAUCAUACUUUCUUUCAUUGGUUUAAACGAUGCUUCCACCCAGCCAAGUUACUGUUUUCUUGGAUGCCUGUGCUGUUUGGUGUUACAGCUCUGCUAGUAAUACAGCCUAAACAUACACCUUGUCUGGUGUUAUGCUAAGUGCCUGUAUUGACUAUAACCAAACCAAACCUCUGAAGAGAGAAUGUAUUUUAUUUAGUUAUUAUGUUAAUGUUUUCUCACCAUUGGCUAUGCACUUUCUACUGACUACUUUCAUCAUUUUACAUUUCCUAACAUACUGUACUGUACUGCACUAUGGACAGCUGACAGACAUGUCGGCAGAUGAUGUCUUUCUUCUUGCUUACUUAAUAGAUGUGUUCUGUCUGUAUUCCUCCUAACUAACCUAUGGAUAGCUUAAUAACUCUGUAACGCCACCAUUGUUUCUCUUGCAGUAAUUCGGCCUCUUAGCAUGUCUCAAAGUUUUGACCUGUCAGGUAAAGAUCUGUCCAGUUACCUGGCUGUUUCUUUACGUCUCUAUCUAUCGUGGUUGUUGUCCAUCUGCCCAAGCUAGAACAUGCAUAUUAAUACUCUCAUCUCAUGCUUCUUCAUGCUUCAGUGGUGGUGUUGAUGGUUGUCUUGGUUGGCUCUGCACCGCAGCAGUAUGCGCUCUGGUUGUGACGUCAUGAUGUCAGACACUGGUCAGGAUGAGAACUGUCAAGCGCAGAGGGGAUGUUGAUGGCUACCUUCACAUCAGCAACUCACUCAUAGAUAACCUCAGCAUAUCUUUCAAUCAUUCUGCACCUUAGUUAAAUUCUUAUGACACUUGUUUUUGAAUCUCCACAUGGAAUGUGAAAGGGCUUAAUGGUCUACUCAAACUAUGCCCAGGGAUAAUGUUAAGUUAGAUGUAGCCUUACAUACCACAGACAGUUGUGAAAAAGACCAAGGUAGAUGUGACUCAAACAGGCCAACGGUUUUAUUCGCUGCCUGUCACUACAGUACAUCUUUGAUAAUGAACUAUUUCUCGAAGGCACACUUGCUGAUGUCAAAAGCUCCACACAGCUGGUGCUCGUUCUUCUCAGUCCCUCAGGAGGAAUUGUAAAACAGUAUUUUCCUUGUCUAAAUGCUUGAAUAAUGCUCACUUCAAAUUCCUUUUUUUCUGGGAUUAGUCUAAACUAAUUAGAUCUUCCUACAUUUUUCUCUAGUGUAAUGUUGCUCUUUGGUUGAAACCUCUGUAUGUUAAAAACAGAUUGAUUGAUAAAAGUCAGUAGCCGACAGCAAGUAAAGGCAACAGAGCUCCUGCCUUUCAAACUCCCACUAAAGAAUCUAUUAAUAGAAUUCUGCUUCUGGGCCUUUUUCUUUUCGAUACUAAAAUAAAUCAGGGAAAGAGUUGCCUUAGCUAAAGAACAUCAUUACUCAGAAAUUCUCAUUACAAACAACCAAGACGUGCAUAACUACAUUGACUGUCCUCCUCACACAAUGCAGUUGUUCAUCUUGGAGAGUGAGUCUGCAGAAUUUAAUCAGAGGUGGGAUCAGAGAGCAGCGUAGACAGGAGCUGUCGGCACACACACGCGCACACACACACACACACGCAGAACACACACACACACACACACACACACACACACACACCUGUCGGCUCCCAGCUCUAUUCAACACAGAAAAGGACAUUCUCACAAAAACAUCACACUUAAUCUCCACCAUCACCUGCAUUGGUCACUUUCACUUAAGCACUUCUGAAUAACUUACAGUAUAUGGUUUUUCAAACAGAUAAGAAGAGGAUACCUUCUGUUUUAUAUGGUUGUACUGUAGUGGUUAUCCAAAAAUGUCAUCACCAAUACAUCCUCUAGUAAGAUAGAUAGCCAAUGAAUUUACAUUGGUGACACUGAAAAUAAUUUCUAAUAAUCUACACCCUCUUACUCUUUUCUGUGUCAACACUUCCUGUUGUGGGCGGGGUAUCUCAACUUUGACAAGUCUGAUUGGCUGUGCUUGACAUUUCUCCCGCUGAUCCCAGCGUCUUUCAUCACACUGGAGGCUCUUUUACCCUUUGCUCAUCCAUGGCUACUAGUCGGUUCAAUUUAUUGUUGUGUAGCUUCAAUGUGUGUGUGUGUGUGUGUUAUAUGUGUGUGUGUGCGUGCGUGCGUACGUACGUGCGUGUGUAUGUGAUGGUUGGCUAUCUGAACUUCAUUGCAGCUGGGUACUUAUCCCCUUACUUUGUGGCCAGAUUCUCCAAUACCAAUACUCACUGAGAGAGAUAGAGUUCUGUAGUCAAAUGACAGGCUAUGUUCGGGUAUAGGAAUAAACCAUUAGUACAGUCUGGCCAAUCAUAUUUAAGGAAGUGUUCCCUUUUAGGUGGAGGCAUAUACUACAGCACUCCACAGUUGAUCCUUACACGUCAAGGUAAAGUAUGUGGAGUGGUUUCGCUCUGUUUAUGUGACUAGCUACUUGUGUGCUGCAACACAUAAUGUCGGCCCGUGUUUCGUUUGUCUGCCUAUUUGGCUGUAUCCUAACACUACUGCUUAUGUCUUGAUUAAAAUAGAUUGAAUUAUACUAUAUCGACAAAUAUAGUUUACAGAAACCAGUGCUUUACAAAGUGUUUUACUUUUGACUGAUACUAAACAUAGUGCCACAAAUGGUGGAUGUUUGAUCUGCUCUAGUUUAAACCUGGCUCCUAGGACCAGUCAGUCUUGUCCCAGGCAGGCAGGAUUGGAGCUCCAGGACAGCAGUAAAGGAGGAGGGCCUUGGCCUCCCGUUGAGGUAAUGAGCUCAUAUUUGAGCCUUUUUCCAGAUGAGGUAUUCACAUGCUCACUGUGUGGUCCUUUUCACAGAGAGGGAGAGAAAGUGAGAGAGCGGGAGAAAGAGAGAGCAAGAAAGAGAGGAGAGAGAGCGAGAGAGAGCCUGGCAAGGCCUCAAUGCAUCCACAGAUCAGAUCGGCCUCUGCUACUGGUUAUCUGCUGUUUCCAGCACUGUCUUCUCCAUCCCUUCCUCCCUACUUGAUUUCUCUCUCUCUUGGGGGGAGAAGUUGUCAAUGAGGCUAGGAGGGAGGGAGUCAGCUAGGGUUAGUGUUACAUGAGAAUCCUGCUCAGUCCAGGUCUUAAAGUGUCGUGAAAGUAGAAUCCAUGUUGUGUGUAUGUGUAACACCAGGCUGCUUCUCCGUCUCUCCUCAACUCACACUCCCUCCUCACUCCAUACCGCUGGUGUGUUCCCCUCGGGUCUGUUCAGGACGGUGCAACAUUACCGAACACUCAGAUAGAAAUGUAUCACAUAGAACAGAAUCCUGUUCCCAGCUCUAUUCAUAACAUUUCUAUCUGCAGUGUUCAGUAUAGUUAGCUACGUUGCAUCCUGCUGAAAUCACCCCUGGGUAUUUGAGUUGUCCUCUGUCUGAUCAGUCUUCUUGGGACAACGUCUCCGUCCAGAUGUGUCCAGUCCUGACGGCCGCAGGAAGACAUCCAGCACCAUGACCCUCAGCAGUCUGUCCAAUGGGGGGCCAGGGGCACCAGGGGGUGGAGCCCAGGCCCUAUGUCAGAGGAAGAGGCUGAAAGCACCCACCCUGUCAGAACUGGACAGCUCCGACUCUGACGUAAGUGUGUGUGUCUGUGUGUGUGUGUGUGUGUGCUCGCACUUGCAUUUGUGUGUGUGUGUCUUCUUCUGGUAGUUGACAUCAGUAUACAGCACUGCUCUCUGUUGUUCCCCGUACAGGAUGACAUCACCAUUGGGGGUCGAAGGUCAGCCAGUAGUUCCAGUGUCUCUACAUCGGUGGUGGACGACACGUCUCCAGAGUCUGUACUGAGCAAGAAGAGUGAGUAGACUUGUAGACCAGUUGACCAGAAGGCCAGAGUUAGGGUUAGGGUUGAGCCAGGGUGUGGACAUGAAGCUAGGGUUACGGUUAAGAUUAUGGCUGGGGUUAGGGUUAGUGUUAGGGUUGAGCCAGGGUGUGGACAUGAAGCUAGGGUUGGGGUUAGGGUAGGGUUGGGUUCAGGGUUGACUGGAGGUUUGGGUAGGGUUAGGUCUAGGGUUAGGGUUGGGGUAAGGAUUGAGCCGGGGUGUGGACAUGAAAGCUGGAGUUAGGGUUGGGGUAAGGGUUGAGCCUUGGUCUGGACAUGAAGCUAUGGUUAGGGUUAUCAUAGAGAUCCUAUAAUUAUAUAUGUAAUUCUAUGCUUUCACAGCUCUCAGCUGUUCACCUGACAGCUCUUCUAUGUAAUGCUGUCAAAGAGAGAGUGUUCUCAGUCAACUUAACUGGUGAUAUACAGUGAGGGAAAAAAGUAUUUGAUCCCCUGUGUCACGGUGCUGUGUAGGUUGUGGUGUAGAAUCAGGCGCAGGCAGCAGAGGAUAAGUCCAACAAGACUUUACUGAAGCACAAAAAUAUAUCCAAAACAGCCCGGAGGCAAAAGGACGCACACAGGCGUAAAUGCGAGCGCACACACAGGUGCGUAAACUCUCCUAAACACACAAGGAGGCAACGAAGGAAAAUAGCGUACCGACAGGGUUAGCGCAACCACGACAUGAACAAUUACACACAAACACUAACCUAACACAAGGAAACUAAAUAGGGUGCUAAAUGAGACCUAACACAAAACAGGUGUGACUAACAGACAAAACCAAACAAACAAGAAACAUAGAGCGGUGGCAGCUAGAACUCCGGAGACGACGACGGCGAAACCUGCUCCGAACAAGGGAGGAGAGCCGCCUCGGCCGAAACCGUGACACCCUGCUGAUUUUGUACGUUUGCCCACUGACAAAGACAUGAUCAGUCUAUAAUUUUAAUGGUAGGUUUAUUUGAACAGUGAGAGACAGAAUAACAACAAAAGAAUCCAGAAAAACGCAUGUCAAAAAUGUUAUAAAUUGAUUGCAUUUUACUGAGGGAAAUAAGUAUUUGACCCCUCUGCAAAACAUGACUUAGUACUUGGUGGCAAAACCCUUGUUGGCAAUCACAGAGGUCAGACGUUUCUUGUAGUUGGCCACCAGGUUUGCACACAUCUCAGAGGGAUUUGCCCACUCCUUUGCAGCUCAAGCAUUAGGUUCGAUACGUUUGCAACGAUUCAGCUCUCCACAGUUUUCAUGGAUUAGUCGGGACUGCUAGGCACGCCAGGACCUUAAUGUGUUUUCUCUUGAGCCACUCCUUUGUUGCCUUGGCUGUGUGUUUUGGGUCAUUGUCAUGCUGGAAUACCCAUCCAACAACCUAUUUUCAAUGCCCUGGCUGAGGGAGGAGGUUCUCACCCAAGAUUUGACGGUACAUGGCCCCGUCCAUCGUCGCUUUGAUGCGGUGAAUUGUCCUGUCCCCUUAGCAGAAAAACACCCCCAAAGCAUACUGUUUUCCACCUCCAUGUUUGACGGUGGGGAUGGUGUUUUGGGGUCAUAGCAGCAUCCUCCUCCUCCAAACACGGCGAGUUGAGUUGAUGCCAAGAGCUCGAUUUUGGUCUCAUCUGACCACAACACUUUCACCCAGUUCUCCUCUGAAUCAUUCAGAUGUUCAUUGGCAAACUUCAGACGGGCCUGUAUAUGUGCUUUCUUGAGCAGGGGGACCUUGCGGGCGCUGCAGGAUUUCAGUCCUUCACGGCGUAGUGUGUUACCAAUUGUUUUCUUGGUGACUAUGGUCCCAGCUGCCUUGAGAUCAUUGACAAGAUCCUCCCGUGUAGUUCUGGGCUGAUUCCUCACCGUUCUCAUGAUCAUUGCAACUACACGAGGUGAGAUCUUGCAUGGAGCCCCAGGCCGAGGGAGAUUGACAGUUCUUUUGUGUUUCUUCCAUUUGCGAAUAAUCGCACCAACUGUUGUCACCUUCUCACCAAGCUGCUUGGCGAUGGUCUUGUAGCCCAUUCCAGCCUUGUGUAGGUCUACAAUCUUGUCCCUGACAUCCUUGGAGAGCUCUUUGGUCUUGGCCAUGGUGGAGAGUUUGGAAUCUGAUUGAUUGAUUGCUUCUGUGGACAGGUGUCUUUUAUACAGGUAACAAGCUGAGAUUAGGAGCACUCCCUUUAAGAGUGUGCUCCUAAUCUCAGCUCGUUACCUGUAUAAAAGACACCUGGGAGCCAGACAUCUUUCUGAUUGAGAGGGGGUAAAAUACUUAUUUCCCUCAUUAAAAUGCAAAUCAAUUUAUAACAUUUUUGACAUGCGUUUUUCUGGAUUGUUUUGUUUUUAUUCUGUCUCUCACUGUUCAAAUAAACCUACCAUUAAAAUUAUAGACUGAUAAUUUCUUUGUCAGUGGGCAAACGUACAAAAUCAGCAGGGGAUCAAAUACUUUUUUCCCUCACUGUAAGGGUUACAGUACUACAUAAAGUAUAUCAUACAUGUCCUCUCUCCCCCCACCCCCAGCUCCACCCAUGUUCCUGCCCAUCUCCUCCACCCCCCAGCCUGAGAGACGGCAGGCCCCCCAGAGGAGACACUCCAUUGAGAAGGAGACGCCCACCAAUGUACGACAGUUCAUACCCCCAUCCAGACAGAGCUCCAAGUCUCUGGUGAGUAACAGAAGAGAAGAAGGGAAAGAGAAGAGUUGAUCAAUCUUGAGAAAAUUGAGCACAUUGGAGAUUUUGGUUGCUGAAUAGUGUGUCAGUUUGUCUUGUGUUCAUCAGCCUCCAUCUUAUUUCUGUUAGGUGAUGUAAAAUGCUCGUAACACCCCACCUCCAAUCCCCCCAGCUCUUCUCUCCCACACACACCUCUAUAACCCCUGUCCUCCCCCUCUACCAUACAUCUCUAUAACCCCUGUCCUCCCCCUCUUCCAUACAUCUAUAUAACCCCUGUCCUCCCCCUCUUCCAUAUACAGUGCAUUGGGAAAGUAUUCAGACCCCUUGACUUUUUCCACAUUUUGUUACGUUACAGACUUAUUUUAAAAUUGAUUAAAUUACAUUUUUUCUCAUCAAUCUACACACAAUACCCCAUAAUGACAAAGCGAAAACAGGUUUUAAGAAAUACUUUACAUAAGUAUUCGACCCUUGCUAUGAGACUUGAAAUUGAAGCUCAGGUGCAUUCCUGUUUCCAUUGAUCAUCCUUGAGAUGUUUCUACAACUUGAUUAGAGUCCACCUGUGGUAAAUUCAAUUGAUUGGACACGAUUUGGAAAGGCACAAACCUGUGAUAUAAGGUCCCACAGUUGACAGUGCAUGUCAGAGCAAAAACCAAGCCAUGAGGUCGAAGGAAUUGUCCAUAGAGCUCCGAGAUAGGAUUGUGUCGAGGCACAGAUCUGGGGAAGGGUACCAAAAAAUGUCUGCAGCAUUGAAGGUCCCCAAGAACUCAGUGGCCUCCAUCAUUCUUAAAUGGAAGAAGUUUGGAACCAGCAAGACUCUUCCUAGAGCUGGCCGCCCAGCCAAACUGAGCAAUCGGGGGAGAAGGGCCUUGGUCAGGGAGGUGACCAAGAACCCAAUGGUCACUCUGACAGAGCUCCAGAGUUCCUCUGUGGAGAUGGGAGAACCUUCCAGAAGGACAACCAUCUCUGCAGCAUUCCACCAAUCAGGCCUUUAUGGUAGAGUGGCCAGACAGAAGCCACUCCUCAGUAAAAGGCACAUGACAGGCCGCUUGGAGUUUGCCAAAAGGCACCUAAAGACUCUCAGACCAUGAGAAACAAGAUUCUCUGGUCUGAUGAAACCAAGAUUGAACUCUUUGGCCUGAAUGCCAAGAGUCAUGUCUGGAGGAAACCUGGCAUCAUCCCUACGGUGACAUAUGGUGGUGGCAGCAUCAUGAUGUGGGGAUGUUUUCAGCGGCAGGGACUGGUAGACUAGUCAGGAUCGAGGGAAUGAUGAAAAGAGAACGUACAGAGAGAUCCUUGAUGAAAACCUGCUCCAGAGCACUCAGGACCUCAGACUUGGUCAAAGUUUCACCUUCCAACAGGAAGUACACAGCCAAGACAACACAGGAGUGGCUUCGGGACAAGUCUCUGAAUGUCCUUGAGUGGCCCAGCCAGAGCCCGGACUUGAACCUGAUCGAACAUCUCUGGAGAGACCUGAAAAUAGCGGUGCAGUGACACUCCCCAUCCAACCUGACAGAGUUUGAGAGGAUCUGCAGAGAAGAAUGGGAGAAACUCCCCAAAUACAGGUGUGCCAAGCUUGUAGCGUCAUACCCAAGAAGACUCGAGUCUGUAAUCGCUGCCAAAGGUGCUUCAACAAAGUACUGAGUAAAGGGUCUGAAACCUGUUUUGUCUUUGUCAUUAUGGGGUAUUGUGUGUAGAUUGAUGAGGGGGGAAAACAAUUUAAUCAAUUUUAGAAUAAGGCUGUAAUGUAACAAAACGUGGAAAAAGUCAAGGGGUCUGAAUACUUUCCGAAUGCACUGUCCCUCUAUAACCCCAUGUAAGAAAACAAGGGCAAAUUAAGUCAUACAAUAAAAAUCUUGACACACAGGUCCAUGUAUGCACACAUGCAAAUGACCACACACACACCCCUGACCUCCCCUUCUUCCAUACACCUUUAUAAUCCCUGUCCUCCCCCUCUUCCAUACACCAUUAUAAUCCCUGUCCUCCCCCUCUAUACACCUCUAUAAUCCCUGUCCUCCCCCUCUUCCAUACACCUAAUAAUCCCUGUCCUCCCCCUCUUCCAUACACCUUUAUAAUCCCUGUCCUCCCCCUCUUCCAUACACCUCUAUAAUCCCUGUCCUCCCCCUCUUUCAUACACCUUUAUAAUCCCUGUCCUCCCCCUCUUCCAUACACCUCUAUAACCCCUGUCCUUCUCAGGUCGGAAGGAUAGCCCACCAUCUGUUCCCCUGGAACCCCCUCCUCCUCCACUCCCCUCCCUCCACCCUCCACCCCUUAUGGAGCUCCUACCCUGUCGAGGUGUUUGUCUUGGGCAUGGUGUGGUCUGCCCUGUCUGCUCUGUGCAGGGGAAGAAAGCCUUUCAAGGUUUGCCAGUCGCCCCUUAUGUCCAUGCUGGCACACCGUAGUUCAUCAUCAUCUCUUCUAAUGCUUCCUGCUUUCCUAGAGAUCCAUCUCUCAGCCCCGCCCAGGACUGUUGCUGUUUUCAUAGAAAGCCCUUCAGUUUAGGUGUGAUUGUCAUUAUGCAUUUUGACAGUCAACAGCAGAUGCAUCCCUCACUGGAGCACCAAUCAUUUAAUCAUACUCAGCUUUGCUCCAUUUAACCAUAGUUAUAGUUGUUGUGCUUGCAAGCAUCAUGUAGCCUAGCUAGCCACUGCCAAGUAAAACAAUGCUCUAGAUAGAUUAAUUAAGUCCUUCAUGUUGUGUAUACUGUAUAUAACAUACUGUUGUUCAGUAGCAAGUAUAAACUCCCUAUUUUUUGUUGUUGUUGAUACUCCCUAGGCUCUCCCCCUCCUUCCCUUCCUCUGGGCCAGAGACAAUGCAGCCCACUGUAUCUCUGUGAGUCAUAAGAUCAGCAGCAGGAGCCACAGCAGCAUUACAGAGUUACAGUAUAUUCAUGGUUCUUCUGGGAGUGAGAAACAUUAGCUGGGUGCAACAACAAAAAACGUUGAAUAGAGACACAUUAUUGAGAAACAUUAUUGGAACAACACCAGGAUGACCAGUAAUUGCAGCAGCAGCAGCAGACCUGGUGUACUGUUGAAGAUAGCAUCUCCGUAGUCCCACCGCAGGCUUAGUUAUUGAAGUCAGAAACAGCCAGAUAGAAGCAGAAAACCAACCACAGCAGAGGGGCCUUGUGUGUUUUUAGGUUGUCUAUACCUUUAUGUGAAGCAGAACCAAGUAGAGGAUUUCUGGAAUUUUCUGGAAUAUUGUCAUUAUCUGUCAUCACUCCAGUUGUUUACUCGUUCCGUGCCCUCUGUGCUUUGUUUGUCCCCUCGGCUUGCCGGGUGAACAAUGGAUACUUUUUUUGCCCAAACUUGUCAGAACCCGGACAGAGUGCACCGAGAGGUUCUGGUGUGUGUGUGUGUGGACGGAAUGGUAACAAGGGCGGUUUGUGUGGUUGUCAUAGUAACCUGGCCGGUGCUGUGUGUGUGUUUUCAGGAGGAGUUUUGUUUCCCGGUAGAGUGCUUGUCCCUGACGGUGGAAGAGGUGAUGCAUAUCAGACAGGUGCUGGUCAAAGCAGAGUUGGAGAAGUUCCAACAGUACAAGGACGUGUACAACGCUAUGAAGAAGGGAAAGGUCAGUUUACUGCUGUUCAUUUUCACCCAGCUGAAAUAAAAGUAUCUCGGACUAAACAUCACAGUACCUAUUGUUGAGAAAAAUCAUCUUACACGUUCCUUUCAAAAUCUUUGAGGUCACAUAAUUUGAUCACACACUGCUUUUUGAAUGAUUUGAUUCCUUUUGUCUUAAACUUUUGAUGCACCUGUUCUGAAUUUCUUCUUUUUACAGCUUUGCUUCUGUUGCCGAACCAAAAGGUUUUCCUUGUUCACAUGGUCCUACACCUGCCAGUUCUGCAAAAGGCCUGUGUGUUCACAGUGCUGUCAAAAAGUAUGUCAUAUUUAUUCUCUCACACUGAUGGAUGCCCACUGAUAGAAAGUAAUCCCAUAAUAUUGUCUUUAUGAAUGUGUUCAUACUCUGCUCUAUUUCUGUCUCUCUGUCAGAUGAGGCUACCCUCCAAGCCCUAUGCCAACCUGCCCAUCUAUUCCCUGGGCUCUACCACCACUCUACCCAGGGACCGGGUAGCAGCCAUGGGGAAAGCUGCCAGUAUAGCUGGUCCAUCAGCCGCCCCAGCAGCAGCAGCAGUUUCAGCAGGAAAAGGAAAAGCAGCAGUUAAAGCAGCAGCCUCAGCAGCAGCAGGACCAAGCAGAGCAGCAGCAGCCCCCAAGCCUGAGAAACCCUCUACUAGCCACCACCGCCUCAGCCUUCAGAAGACCAUGUCCAAGUAGGCACCCCUCUACUACUUCUCUAGAUCAUAACGUUUUUUUAAAAAAUGUGCCUGUUUUAGAUGUGCAAGACUUAUUCUCAAAUGAAGUUAUGUUCUAUUUUAAGAGCAACUGUAGCCGACUGAGCCCAGUGAGGGACAGAGACGGAACCUACUCUGUUACACAACUUAGUGUUAACCUCUCCUCCCUCCCUCGCUCAGGUUGUCUAAGCACGGUAGUCUGGAGAAGUCCCAGUCCCGUGACGAGGUGGAGCUUCCAGCGGAGCUGACGGAGGACUGGUGCACCAUGGAAGUGUGUGUGGACUGCAAGAAGUUCAUCCACGACAUCAUCUCCUCCAGCAAGCACAGCCUCUCCCUGGCCACCAAGCGGGCGCGCUUAAAACGCAAGACCCAGUCCUUCUACAUGUCGUCCCCCAAGGGAGCUGAUUACCGACCCUCUGAAAGAACAAUCAACGAGAUCUAGACUCUCCCCUCGUCCUUGUCUACCUUCUCCACUGUCUUCUAGCUGCUUCCAGCACUUAUGGCACAAUACAGAACUCUGACUGACUGGGUUUUGAUCUGGAUGACUGUGCUGCGAUCCGGCCUAUACCGUGUCUAGUUUCAUCUGUCUGUCGAUGCUGUCAGAGCAGGCUGUGGACCUUUACUUUUCCUUGGAGGAAUGUGGACUGUGUAGUCAGUGCUUGUUACUAUGUCCUCUGAUCGUUGAAUACAGUACCAGUACUUUCAGACAAAAGGAUACUAGUCCAUUUUUAUACAAUAUUUUGCUCAGCAAUGUAAAUGUUGCCAUAAUGUUCUGCCAUAGAGAGGUGAUUAAGGACACUGAAUGAUCAAAUGUAAAGUAUGAGGUAGUGUAAAGAUUCAAAGUGGUAUGGCCUCAAUCACCCCCUAUACUGGCACAAUUGGUGGAAUGUGGUAGGAGUUACUCACCCACAGAAAAAUCAAUGAGCACAAGGCAAAAUAACGCUCCAUAUUUGAAUUCCUCAGGCUAUGGUGUUCUACUGUAAGAGAGUAGGUGUGAUGCUGACAACACAAGUCCCAUACUGAGAGCUGUGAACAUCUUAAAGUGGAGACAUGAGACAAAAGCAACAAAUGAUUGGAUGAUGACUUGAAAGGAUAUGGAACUAUGAAAUUGUAGAUGUUUUUUUACAAGUUAUCAUUUUGUAUGGUAUGGUAUACGUGUGUACAUAUGGUUCGGCUUAGAGUCAGGUGUUUUGUGAUGAAAAGUUGUCUCCCCCUUUUUACUCUUCUUGACAUGUUCAGGUUAUUUUUAGCUGACGGUACAAUAAUGAAUUAUGCUCAUUGAUGUUCUCUGGGGUUCUGAGCGGUCUUGAUGAAGCAUCAUUUUACCAUAAAGAAUAACAGGUAAACAAACAGCGUAUCACUUUGCUCAAAGUUGGAUCAUACCCAUGAAGGUAGCCCAAACCUCUCACCUGUCUUGCCCUAGGCGUAGGGUCUACGGGAAUGUCAGGUGUAUUACAUUGACAAUACAGUACUUGCUGCUAAUGUCAGCUUUAGUGCCAAAAGGAUUCCCUUCUGUCUAAACCAUAAUAUAAAACCCAAAGAAGUAUUUUUUUCUGCUGUAAAUACUCAUUGACCUUGCUAUAGAUAGCCAUCGCAUCCCCCGAUUAGAGCAUGUUUCUCCAAAAGACGUCAUACUGAUGAAUAUACUAACCAUAGAAAUAUAAUUAAUAGAAUGGGCGUCCCCAUUCAAGUCAAUGAUGGCAUAAUGGGUGGACUGGCAGCCAUUUUGAGUGUACCCAUAGCUAGGUUUAAAAUAUACAGGUUAAGACAACG